AUGAACUUCCUUUCUAUACUUGAAGUUUUCGUGUUCAUUCAAAACACUUUCGUCGACUCUGCCUACGUGGAGCAUUACUAUGAAUCAAUGGGAGCCACCUUGUAUUCGAACGGAUCUGAAGUGAUGGUGCAAAGUUAUGAAGAAGCGAGUGAGCAUUGUCAGACAACUGGAGGAAAAAUGCUGAAAAUAUUGAAUUCAGAUCAGCAAAGUGAUCUUAACAAUUUUUUGAACAAUUCAAAGCUUAACGUGAAUAGAAAUAAUGUGGUCUUCAUUGGUUUUAGAAGAUCUGAUUUUGAACAGAACCAUAAACUGCAUUCUAUUUUGAAACCAGAAGAACAUGGCAUGUCAACGUGGCUGCUAUCAAACUACCAAAUUUUAGAUUAUGUGGAACUUGAACAAAGCAGCGAUAACAAUUUCUUGAUCAUUGAAGACUAUAAGCUGAAACUGAUGAGUGGGAAUAAGCCAAAUCGUUUUCUGUGUUCGAAAUCAGAAUGUUAUGAAAAUGUUGAAAGUGAAAAAACCUGGUAUGAUGCAAGAAGUUAUUGUCUACAGAAAGGGGAAGAUCUAAUCACAUUUAAUAAAAAAUUUGAUGCUAGUAAAUUGAAAUUAAAAAUAAAUAAAGAUAAAGCAUACUGGUUGGGAUAUUCAAAGAUUAGUUGGUAUUGGGAGGAUGAACCAGACGUUUUCACAAAAUUCACAAAUUGGAGAAGAAAUUCUGAAACAACUUUUUACGGUGAUGAGAAAAAAUGCUCGGCCAUGAGUAUCGACGAUGUUUCACGGAAAGCAGUGGGGUCCUGCACAUCAGCAGCAAAAAAUCAUUACGUUAUCUGCAUGAAAGAAGCGCCAAAAUCAAAGACUCAAACUGUCAACAAACUCUGUGAUAGCUAUUUUACAGAACCUUUCUACCACACCCUGGAGACAGACCCGAUGAAACCCCCUUCCACUCAGCCGAUACAUAGGAUUCCUGCUCUGCCAUUCACAGACAGCCGAAAAAGCAUUCUUUUAACCGGCGUUUCUUACAGCAGCGAGGAUCCUUACAGCACCAUUGGUAAUGAGAUGGUUACUUAUACCAGUGCCAAGAAGAACAAAUGUAAGGCUGAAUUUAAAAAAGCUUUCACUAAUGCCCCUACUAAUGCUUCUACCACUACCACUCUGGCCAUUGAUACAACUGCAGCUACUGCUACAGUUAAUACUGCUGUCACUACUGCAGCAGCUUCCAUUGCUACUACUGCAGCUGUUACUACUGAUGUCGCUGGUGUGGCCCGUGGUGAAAACAACACAAUGAUGGGAAAGUCGACCGAUGCAAUGUUAGAUAUUCACAUUAAUUCAGUUAAUGAUGUAUACAUAAUUUAUAGUGUUUAG